CAGUCUGCGCUGCUAACUCUCGCAGCACUGUGGAGCGAGACACCGGAAUCCGAAGAUGGCUACAGAUCUGGGAGAGCUCCUGGUUCCGUACAUGCCCACCAUCAGAGUGCCCAGGACGGGAGACCGAGUCUUCAAGAGCGAAUGCGCCUAUUCCUACGACUCCCCCGAGUCAGAGGGCGGUCUGUAUGUGUGUUUGAACACCUUUCUGGGCUUUGGCAGAGAACAUGUGGAGAGACAUUACCGCAAAACUGGACAGAGCGUUUACAUGCACCUAAAACGCACAGUUAAGGAGAAACCCACAGGAGCAGCAGGAGGUGCCGUGCCCAGGAGGAGGAACGGAAAAGUAUUUUUAGAUUUAGAGCUUAACCGAGAUUUUAACGGGGAGGACUACGAGUAUGAGGAUGAGGCCAAGCUCGUCAUAUUCCCAGACCACUACGAAAUCCCCUUACCAAAUAUCGAGGAGCUCCCUGCUCUGGUGACCAUAGCGUGUGAUGCGGUGCUCAAUGCUGCCUCGGCAUAUAAGAAGCAGGAACUGGACUCGUGGGAAGAGGAGAUCCAGGUAUCCAGACACGCCCGCAGCCUCCGACAGCAGGACAAUGAUGUCCGCAUCCCCCCCAGUGGCUGGAAGUGCUCGAAGUGUGAGCUGCGGGAGAAUCUGUGGAUGAAUCUGACAGACGGGUCGGUUCUAUGCGGGAAGUGGUUCUUCGACGGCAGCGGAGGGAACGGGCACGCGCUGGAACACUACCGUGAGACCAACUUCCCCCUGGCCGUCAAACUGGACACCAUCACACCAGACGGAGCAGAUGUUUACUCGUUUGAGGAGGAGGAGGCCGUGCUGGACCCACAGAUAUCAGACCACUUGGCACACUUUGGAAUCGACAUGCUCAAAAUGACCAGGACAGAGAAUGGCCACACUGAUAACCUGGUGCAGCGGCGGGUGAGUGAGUGGGAGGUGAUCCAGGAGGCGGGGAUGAAGCUGAAGGCCGUCUACGGCUCCGGCUACGCGGGCAUCAAGAACCUGGGCAACAGCGGCUACCUGAGCACCACCAUGCAGGUGCUCUUCAGCAUCCCCGAGUUCCAGAGAGCGUACGUAGGAAAUCUGCAGAGGAUCUUUGACUAUGCUCCUCUGGAUCCAACACAAGAUUUUGGCACACAGAUGGCUAAGCUGGGACAUGGUCUUCUCUCUGGACUGUAUUCCAAACCACCAAUGAAAUCUGAGCUCAUUGAACAGGUGAUGAAAGAAGAAUACAAGAAACAACAGAAUGGCAUCUCCCCACGGAUGUUUAAAGCACUGGUCAGCAAGGGCCACCCUGAGUUCUCUUCCAACCGACAGCAGGACGCACAGGAGUUCUUCCUGCACCUCAUCAACCUUGUGGAGAGGAACAGCGCAGCCUCUGAGAACCCGAGCGACGUGUUCCGUUACCUGGUGGAGGAGCGUGUGCAGUGUUGUCAGACGCGGAAGGUGCGCUACACACAGCGCGUGGACUACCUCAUGCAGCUCCCCGCCCCCCUGGAGGCUGCGUCCAAUCGAGAGGAGCUGAUAGCGUAUGAGGUGAAGCGGCGUGAGGCGGAGGAGGGCAUGCGUGUGGCUCCUGACCCGGUGCGGGCGCGGAUCCCCUUCAGCGCGUGCCUACAGGCCCUCACGGAACCACAGAACGUUCCAGACUUCUGGAGCUCCGCUCUGCAGGCCAAAUCAGCCGGAGUCAAGACGUGCCGCUUCGCCUCGUUUCCAGAGUACCUCGUCGUCCAGGUCAAGAAGUUCACCUUCGGAGUCGACUGGGUGCCAAAGAAACUCGAUGUCUCCAUAGAUGUGCCAGACUUCCUGGAUCUGAACCGACUGCGUGCAACGGGCCUGCAGAGUGGGGAGGAGGAGCUUCCUGAUCUCACACCACCAAUCGUCAUUCCUGAAGACUCUAGAGAUAACUCCAUGAGCAACUCCACAGACUCUCCAGAGAUAGACGAGUCGUCGGUGAUGCAGCUGGCAGAGAUGGGCUUUCCCCUGGAGGCGUGUCGGAAGGCCGUCUACUACACGGGAAACAUGGGCGCAGAGAUGGCCUUCAACUGGAUCAUAGCACACAUGGAGGAGCCCGAUUUUGCGGAGCCUCUGGCAGUCCCCACGUUCUCAGAGCCAGACCUGCUGGGUCCCGCCCCUUCUGCAGCGUCCCCAUUGGACAACCAACCACCAGAGGAGAGCAUCGCCAUUCUUACUUCCAUGGGCUUCCCCCGCCACCACACCAUCAGAGCCCUCAGGGCCACGAACAACAACCUGGAGCGUGCCCUGGACUGGAUCUUCACACACCCCGAUACGGGGGAGGAGCCAGAGGGGUUGUCUGAGAUGGCCGACACCGAGCCCGAUGACCACGCCCCUUCCAGCGUCAACGGCAACAGUGACCCCACCCUCUCCCCCGACACAGAUGCCUCAGGCCCACGAAUCAAAGAUGGACCUGGACGAUAUGAACUUUUUGCAUUUAUCAGUCACAUGGGCGAGUCCACCAUGUCAGGUCACUAUGUGUGCCACAUAAAGAAGGAGGGCAGGUGGGUGAUCUAUAAUGACCACAAAGUGAGUCUGUCGGAACGCCCCCCUAAGGACCUGGGCUACAUCUACUUCUACCACCGGCUGUCCAGCUUCUAGACCCCCCGUCCCACCCCCCCC